AUGCAGUCUCCUCCGGCCCAGGUGUCCGCAUUUCCUGGGACCAAGGGCAGGACGGCAUCCUCCUCUCCGGCCUCUGCAAACACCGCUUUCAAGAAGAAACAAUAUGCGACUCCCUCGCAAUGGCAGGCCCAAAAGGCCACCAUCAAGCGUUUGUACCUUGAUGAGAACCAGACGCUGCCCGAGGUUCGAGCUAUUCUCGAAACCGACUAUGGAUUUCAUGCGACGAUCAACAUGUACAAAAAGCGCCUUCGGGCGUGGGGGUUCACGAAAAACAUACAAGAGAGCGAGGCAAAGAGCUUGCUGAUAGACCAGCUGAGGCAUAUGAAUGCCCAGGAUACUGCUGGUCAGAUCCGACUCGGCGGGCGACAGAGCUCAGACAAGAAACUCCAGCGUUACCUGCAGCGCAACCCGUUUUUGCUGUGGCAGGUUGGUGCCACGGCGCAACCACAUCGCCCCCCGGCUUCGCCGGGCUCACCAGCGGCGUCGGAUGAUUUUCCCCUCACGACGACUCCGCUCGACAGUGUGGAUAUGUGCUGCAGUGCCUCGAUGUCACACUCUCUGGCGGUUCGGUUGAGCGCUCCAGCCUCAACUCGAGACCUGGAAAGGACUCUGCUGGCUGUGAGGUAUUACAUCCAGACUAACAAGGUCAUAUCCGAGACCCCUUCCACACAAUGGCGGCGCAUUAUGCUCGGCCAUAGCCCAAACAAGCCUGUGCUUCAUCUCGGGGCAGACCUGAUCAGGUUCCACGACACCUUUUGCUUUGUCGCCGACGCACUGAAUUGUGGCAGCAAUCCGGCGGUCGCGCAGCUUCUACAGCCACACUUUGACCGCAUACAGUCACUUCUCCAGCAGCAGCACCCUGAUUUGAUAUCCAGCAUGAUGCGGAUGAGUCUUGACAUGGCAGCCAAGAAGCGGCCAGAACUGGCCCGCAUCGUGCACAACUACCUGCUCGAGAUGACGCCGCUGACGCUGACACGGAACCACCCCAUGGCAGUAGUCUGGGCGUCCAUGAGGCGAUGGCACAUGAGCGAGGGCGACGAGAAUAUGAACGAGUUCCGCAAAGCCGUCAUGCUAGCGUCGGAGACUGAGAUGGUAAAUGCCCUGAGGGCGAGGAACAUCACUGGCCUCGGGACACCGGAAGGGCCGACGACGACCAGUGCUGUAGGGGCGACUCGAUCUUGGCCUUCCAAGACGCCACGCUCGUCAAUCUCAACAUCGCAUUCUUUCUCCAGCGAAGAUGACGAUGUUGGCGAUGAGAGAAUCACGACAAGUGACCAUGAAGACGGCUACGAUCACCGCCGCCGCCGCAGCAGCAGCAGCAAUAGCAGCAAGGACUCGGUUACCCUUGCCCCGGCGCACGAAGACGGCCCCUGGAUCACGGAGCGGAUACGCAACUGGCGGGACAUGCACGAGCGCUGGAGCCAGUACCAAGCCACGAUGGGCAACUUUGACGCCGACAUAUCGGCAAUCGUCUCGCAGACGCUGGACGAUCUCAGCGUGGGUCGGAUCCUCAGGGCGGAAGACGGCAUGCGGAAGGUACUCGAGAAGCAGGAGCGGAUUGGCAAGCAGAAUUCAAAAAUGGCUCCUUCAAAGGCCUCAAAGAAGGGGCAGGGCAGUGGUUCACAUCGCCCCAGCAGCGGGCCCCAAGAUGACGAGGACCUUCGACAAGGUACCACCUCUUUCACAACCUGCAGCAACGACAAUGGCAGUAACGACGACGACAUCGGCGUCGACGACAAACGCGGGAAGAACCCGGUGCUCAAGCUCGGCAGCGUGCCCAACCUAAUCACUUGGAUCAUACUCGUCCUCGGCAUGGCUCGGGUGCGCGUGGGCGACGAGGCCGCCGCGCAGGACCACUUCCGGUGGGUGAUUGCCAACGCGGACCGCCGUGGCGACCUGGUCGUGCGGAAUAUCGGCAUGACGAUGCUCAAGUUCAUAACAAGGGACCAGGAGAGGCGUCAGGCGCACUCAGGAGUAGGUGAGCAUGGGCAAGAAGGAGACGAGGGGUGUCAGCAUGAUCUCUGGAAGAUGUAG